AUGGAUGAUGAGGGGAAAAACUAUGUUUCUGCAGAAGUAUCUGAUUCGAUGUUGGAAUCGGUUUCUUUUAUGAAUGUAGCAUAUCAACCUUUGAAAGUCUUCUUGAGGGUGAGGCCCUUUUCUAUAGCAGAGCUUGAAAACCAUGAAUCUCAGGGUUGUGUAACUAUUGAAGAUUCCCAGACAGUAAUUCUUAGUGCCCCCAAGGAGUCUUCUACAAUGAAAAACAGUGAAAGAGGGAUUGGUCAUUCCGUGUACAGGUUCACCUUUUCUCAGGUCUUUGGACCAGAAACUACUCAGAGCGAAUUUUUUGAAGGCUCAAUGAAAGAGAUAGUAAGAGCGUAUGUUAAUGGAGUGAACGGACUGGUGUUUACUUAUGGGGUUACAAAUGCAGGCAAGACAUUCACUAUCCAAGGGACCUCAAAAGAUUUUGGUAUUUUACCUCGCUCACUUGAUGUGAUUUUUAACCACAUAAGCGGAAGACAUUAUCUGAAGAUGAACUUCAAACCAUAUUUGAGUAAUGAUAUUAAGAAACUGGAAGAUGCACAAGUUAAGCAAGAAGAAGCUAUAAAAACUGCUAUUCUUGCAUCCCUGAAAGAGGAGACAGAAACCAUCUCAAGUACUACAAAUAUGUGUGAUGUGGAGACGCCUUCUUCCAACUGCACUUCAAAAAGUGUUCCUUCUGAUUCACUAGCAGAGAGCGACUUUGUUCCGUUUGACAUAUAUAGGACUAAUAUACACCAAAGAACACAAGCAUCUGUGUGGAUUUCCUUUUGUGAAAUUUAUAACGAAUAUGUGUAUGACCUAUUAAAUGUAUUAUCUACAUCAAAAACUCAGAAGCGCAGAGUCUUAAGAAUUUGUGAGGAUCAAGGAGGAAAUUCUUAUAUUAAAGAUUUAAAGUGGAUUAACAUUCAGAGCACUGAGGAAGCCUGCAAAAUACUAAAAAUAGGAAACAAGAACCGAAGCUUUGCUUGUACUAGAAUGAAUGAGCAAUCAAGUAGAAGUCACAGUAUAUUUUCAAUCAGGCUACUAAGGCUAACUGAUGAGCAUCAGCCGUGUGUUCUUGGAGUUUCAGAGUUGUCUUUCUGUGACUUGGCUGGAUCAGAGAGGUGUAAUAAAACACAAGCCUUUGGAGACAGACUAAAAGAAGCAGGAAAUAUUAAUAAUUCUCUUCAUAUCCUUGGAAAAUGCAUUGCAGCACUGAAGCAAAAUCAAAAUCCAAAGAUGAAGCCAAGCUAUAUUCCAUUCAGAGAGAGCAAAUUGACUCGUCUGUUUCAGCCAUUCUUUUGUGGAAAAGGCAAAGCUUGUAUGAUUGUAAACAUUAAUCAGCAUGCUUCCACUUAUGAUGAAACACUACAUGUCAUGAAAUUUUCAGCUGUAGCCAAGCAGGUAAUCCAGACAAUCCUACCAAAAAGUUUUGGUUAUUUUCCACCCAAGCUAGUUGGAGGCGAUGGCAAACCUACCAUGCACUUUGAUGCUAGCACAUCUGUAGAUGACUUUCCUGACAGUACUGAAACCUCUACGGAAGAGGAAGUGGACAUCACCAUUUUGAGUCAUGAGGAUCUCUUGAAAACUGCAGAGAACCUAAAGGAGAAGCUACUCGCAGAAAGGCAAAGUAAACUCCUUCUGGAGGUGAAGAUACGUAGAGAGAUGGCAGAAGCAAUGUUCCGACAGCUGUUGGAAACAGAAGAAGCCUGGAGCAACCGCUUGGAAGAUAUGAAAGACAGUUAUGAAGAAAAACUGGAGAGCAAAUUUGAAAUGUAUAAAGAGGCCAUCAAGAAACACGCAUAUAUGUGUGCAAUGGAACAAAUUGAAGACCAUUAUGUUCCUGUAGAAGAAUUUCUAGCUGAACAACAGAAAGUUGAGGACAGAGAGAGUAAAAUACUGCAAUUGGAAAGGCAACUUGAUGAACAGUCAGGGAGGCUGUUGGCUCUGGGAAGUUUGAAUUCAGAUAUACUGACUACUGAAAAUAACAUGGAACUAGAUCUUAUGAACAGGACGAUGAAGAGAGCCAAUGAAGGACUGCAGAAACAAUGCAAAGAGAAAGAAGAGCUUAUAAAAUCUCUGAAGUUCAAAAUGCAGAAAUUAAAUGAGACCCUGCUAGAAGCUAACGAAGGCUACAGAAAAAUGGCAGAAGAGAACAGCCAACUGAAGCAUACAAUCAUGCUCAAGGAACAAGAAAUGAAUAGUCUUCAGAACUGGGCUAAACGUGUUCUUGAGCUUGAAGAAACAGUGUCUUCCCUGCAAAAAGAACUGGAUGAAAAGAAAAAGCAUUUUUCUAUAGAGGAACCAAAACAACAAAAACCCAGAAAAGGUUUGUUGGCUAAUCUGAAGUCCACAGUAGCAGCCACUGCUAGUACACCCCUUGGUAAAGGCUGGGGGAAGUACGAAGAUGCUUCAUCCUCUUCAAGGAAACAAGUACUGUUUGCUCAUAAAGCGAAAUAA